AUGCAACCAGAUUCUCAUCGAGCCUUCUCCCGUGAGCUUCGGGAGCUAUUGGGUAACGAGCACGAGCAGAAGAAUGUUGAGUUUGCAAACGAGUUGAACAAGAUCAUUGAGAGCCCCCAAACGAAUCCACUCCCAUUCGAUCCGUUGUCCCAGGACGACCAGCAGUCACCAAAGCCACCCUGCGCACAGUGGUGUCGCAACGCCAUUGCGGAGCAACUUCAGAAGUUGAAGUUCGACGGUGUCAAAAAGCUGGGAGAGGAAGGAUUGGUCGCAACACUUAUGAAUGGUACCGGGAAAACGGUCUACCUUUGGGCGGAUUUCGAACGCUUUGGCCGUCAAGGUCAAAGCUGUGACAGCAAACACGACGAGGAGCCAGGAGAGUCGCAUCACCUUAACGGGUGCGAAUGUGAGCACAAGCAGACAACGGUCAAACUUUUGACCGCAUCGAUCGCCCUCCAGGCCGCGCUUUUGGGUUGGAGUGGCACCUUAGUGUGUCUCGUGGAGCCGGGAAGCGGUCAGUAG